UUAAUGGAAGAUGAUCUAGAACCUGGAAAAAUGGGUCCUAUAACAAAUAAGUUUGCAACUAACAUGUUCAAUGAAUGGGAAAGCGUUGGAUUAGACACAAAAAUUUGCUACAAGUUACAAAAGAAUUUAGAACAAAAUAAAAUGCUCAAAAAUAUUUGGAGUGAACAAAGAAUAAUUGACUCAAAAACUACUAAUAUUGGUGACAUGCAUGUUAAGAAUUGGAUUGAACAAUAUCUGGGAGUAAGAUUAACAUUGUCAAAGCUUCUAAAUAUUACUAAUGAGGAAUUCGAUAAAACUCUUGAUAUUGUCC